AUGAUGACAGAAAGGCCCCUUUCAAUCUCAACGCAGAACGCGACUCCGACUCAGACGGCUUUCCAUUCAACAGCUUUGAGCUCCGCCAGCGAUGCGCGUCCCGUCAUCGAGUCUGCUGAGGAGGAGCCUUACACCAUCAAGUGCAUCUGCGAUUACCUCGACGACGAUGGAAACACGAUUUAUUGCGAAAAGUGCGAUACAUGGCAGCACAUAGAAUGCUUCUACCCCGGCCAGGUUGAUGAUGCGUCGCGAGAUGAGUUUGAUCAUUCUUGUGCUGAUUGCAAACCGCGACCGUUAACAUUAGACCGGCGGCAUGCGACCGAGCGGCAGCGAAUGCAACGACAGAACAAAGCCAUUAAUGACAGCCCGGACAAGAAGAUAAAGCGACCGCCCUCGAAAAGUCACAAGAAGAAGUCGAAGCCAUCGGAUCUUCAAGUAAACGGUCAUCAUGAUCACGAUCAUCACAAACAUGGCAGCCCCUCUGAUCACCACCCUCACACAAAGAAUUCGAAAGGCCAUCGAUCGACUCAAUCCGUCAGCUCCCAGAUGAAGCGCAGUCCUCCUCUAAAUGCUAGACCGCACAAUCAUGGCCACCCCCCAAGUCCUGCACAUACACCCCCUGAAGUUGGCGAUGUCCGUAUUCACGAUUACAACGCUCGAUUUCUAACUCUUUACGAUGGCGAUGAUUCCGUCAACAUUACCACAUCUGAUGCUUUUGCAAGCUUAGAUGUGUCGAAUCGCAUCGCGACGUGGCUGCGUAGUCCAGACAAAUUAAAAGAGGACGCCAACGUCGUCAAGAAGGACGUUUUCCAGGUACUCAAAGUUCCAGUUGAGACUCUGAAGUGGCCCGCUCUACGAAUUGAAACCAAGAAAGUUCCUCAGGAGCAAGGUCCGACGCUUACCUGGCGAUCUGUACGGAACACGACACACCUAUCUGAAGCCGGACGGAUAUGUCCCAUGCAUGGUGUCAUCACAUUUCAGGUAGAUUAUUGCAACGACCCUACGAAUCGCUGGGCAGAGGCCGCUCAUCCUCAACCAUUUGUCUUCUUUCAUCCCCAAUUACCCUUGGUCAUCGAUAUGCGGAUGGAGGGCUCAACAUCUCGUUAUGUGCGACGGAGUUGUCGGCCCAACACAGGAAUGGAGUCCUUCCUCGCGCAUGACACAGAAUACCACUUCUGGUUGACAAGUGAGCGACCUUUGGCAGCCAACGAGCAGGUUACAAUCCCAUGGGACUUCCGAUUUCCCAACACCGAAGAUGGCAAUCGAUGCAAGCGUCUGCUAGGACUGGAAGAUGAGGGCCCAGUUACAGAUCACUCUGAUAUGACAGAUGAAGAGUACGAAACGCUAUCAACCCUUGCAUAUACCGUCCUCUCCGAUCAUGGCGGUUGUGCGUGUGAUCUCGGGAGUGAUUGCGCGUUUGUUCGAUUCCAUCGAGAUUAUCUCGGGCGGUCGCACCCUCAAACCAACGGCAUUAAGCCGAAAAAGGGUCGGAAGUCAAAGCAGAACCAUGUAUCGCCUACAAGUACCGGCCAUGCCACGAACAGUCGAGCUGCGAGUGAGGGGCAAGGUGAUCAGUACGAGGACGACGACAACCAGUCGGUGUCUGGGUCGGUUCGAAGCAAACCUCACAGUCGGGACAUGACACCUUCGCAUAAUGGUGAUUCCAAUGGCAUCUUGACGGAGAACUCGGAGCGAGAAAAGAGAAAGUUAGCAGCUCUUGAGGACUCCUUCAGGAAGAUGGAGCAAGGACAGCCAGCGAGAAAGAAGAAGCGAGCGUCUGAUGGCUCCAACAUGUCCGUAUCCUCUCACACUGCAGGAAACCAUGCUGUGCCAAAACCAAGGCAGCGUUCUGUGGCGCCUCGACCAUCAGUCUCGCAAGCCGCUGGACCUCCUACCAAUGGUGCUCGUUCGCACAAGUACGUUGAUGCAAGCACAGCAUCAAGAAGGCCGUCUGGAUCUCCCGUUACUGCAACCUCGCCUACAGGUGCCGUCCGCUCCCCGGAUCCUCGCGUUUCCCCGGGGCACUCGGCGGCAUACCGCUCACGGCACAACUCUGCCAAUCCCAAGCCUACAUAUGCAGAGGCCAGUACUCAAACCGAUGAGGUCGAGAACGCCUGGUGGAACGAGUCUACUCCGAAGUCGAAGCGCUCGAUUUUGCCGUUAUCAAAGCGUCUGCUGAGGAAUCGGCAUAACAUACAAAAGCAACAGGAAGCACGGGCUGCUCAACAGGCAGUUUCUCCAAGUAUUGGUGAGGAUGGUGGCGUUCGGACCUCUCCUACGGUUUCCAUGGACCUUGAUCAAGCCAACCAUGAUGAUCGCCCUCAAACUCAAUCGCCGACCGAGACGAAGGGUCGAAACAUGAGCAUUGCAUCUUCAACACCUUCAGUUGAUGCGCCGGGCUCAGUAGAUGUAGCCAUGACCGAUGCGCCGGCCGCUACGUCUGCCACCACCAUUAAACCUCCCCCACCACCUUGGCCCAGUCAAUCCAAUAAUGCUGGCGCCAAUCCUGUGCUAGGGCACAAGUCCCCCGACCUGAGAGUUCAAAUGCCACCCGCCCCCGUCUUCUCCACUCCUAAUAUGUCGGCACCACUCUCUGGAACUGGUACCGCGACUCCAUCCUCUGCUUCAUCUGCUGCACAAUCUCCUUUCGGGACUGGGCAGUUUCCACCUCUUGGUGCUACUGUUGUCAACGGUAUUACUCCAAGUCCAGUCAAGGCGACAAAGAAACUCAGCUUGAGCGAUUACGCGGCCAGGAGGAAGAAAACAGACACGUCCAGUGUAGUAAAGUCUGCACAAGGAAGUAGUCCAAUUCUCACCCCAGCGGCUCUCAAGCCCUCUUUAUCGACAAUCGAGGAGGUGAAAGCGCAAGGCGGUCUAGAGGGCUCCACAAUUGUCGAGUCGCCAGCGGCGAUAGAGAAGACGGUGAACCCUCUAGCGGUAGCUGGGCCAACUUCGGAGCCUCAACCGAAUACCUCGCCGUCGGAAAAGUCUAAUGGCGCGUUGUAA